AUGAACCCGCCGCCCACGACACCUACUCCGCGUCGGUUCCUGCUGGCUAAACGACCAUCCGCCUCAGAAACCCCGGCGUCGCAGGCAUCGCAGCAGUUCCAUUCAACGCCGCGCUUCGGCUCGUCAUCUGUACCGCGGCAUGCGCAGCGCCGGGCGCAUGACCUUGAGGAUGUCGAUGAAGAUGGCGACGAGUCAUAUGACGAGUCGCCACGGGACGAGGCUGAGCCCAAGGGAAGCCGGUUGCAGGAUACCAUUGAGCUCAAAUCCGACGACUUGAUGUCGCAGGAUACGGAGCGUCUUUCUCAAAAUCAGUACUCUUCAGGAGACGAUGUCGAGGGUGCCCCCGGUACCGAAUCGUCGCCACUGUCGCCGGACAGAAGGGAGGCCAAGAGACGAAGGGUAUCUAUCUCGCCCGCGCCGUCAAGCUCCCUCGAUACCCCGGAGCAAGCAGUCACGCCUGCACAGGGACACGCAUCCUCGGCAGAUGGCAGCAGGUCAGAGUCAGAGUCUCCAGAGAGCCACGAAUGGCCAACCCGUCAACACCAACCCGUCUUCCAACCGGCGCCACGCUUCAAGCCCACUGACAGUGAAACGUCCCUUCCCGUCCUCCCCGAAGCAUUCUCUCCCCAACAUCGCGGCGUGAGCUAUCUCCCCGGCGGACACGCCGCCCAGCUGCAAGGGUGGCUGUCUGAAGUGAAAGGGUGGGAAGGGACGCGGGACGAAGACUCUGUGCUGAGGCUGACGGUGGACGAUGUAAGUCCCGGUGAACACAUGUAUCUCGUUAGGGGGAGGUUAGGGGUGUCUGACGAUUUGAAGGCGUACAUACUUGCUGGGGAGGGACGGUUGACGGGCUUGGGCAGGAGGGCGGCCGUGAACGUGGGGAGCGUGGUCGUCAUUGAGCAACCUGUUUGGGAGGUUGAUUUGGUCGGGGAGUGCUGGACCGUGGGCUGCAACUGGAGUGUUGGCGGGUGA